AUGAGUGCCCUGGAUAUCUACUUGUUCUUAGAAAUUACUGUUUAUAAAAUUAAAGCUCCGUUCCAAUCCUUGAAAAGAAAGUAUGAAAAAAUGGAAAGCCAAGAAAUAAAAUCAGCAUGUUGGGAAGCUUUGGAUCACUGUUGUCCACACCAAGGAGAUUACCAGGUGGAACUGCAAGAGGAGGAAGACAUAAAUCAAAGCAACUGCAACCAUGUAGAUUCCAUUCUCUCCUUAGAGGGCUAUUUAUAGCUUCUGUCAUCGCAGAUUGAAAACAUGCUACAGGUGAGUUUACUGGAAAGCAGACAAAUUGCUACUUCUAGUAGAGACCAAGAACCACCAUCCUCCCACCCCAAUGUAAAUUUGACCCAGACACUUUGCAACUGUUUCAGUCUUCAGGAUGCCACUCUAGUAAGAACAGAGUACCCCACUCAAUCAAAUUCAGAAACUCAUUUACAAAAGCAAGAGUCUUUUCCUCAAUCAAGCUCUAGUAUCACAAAUCUGGAAUCACUGCUUCAUGGGUCAAAUUUGACAGGGCUGUUUUCAGCUGCUGACAUUAGAAACCUGACAUCCCCUGACCAUAGUUUUGAUGAAAAGAAACUCGAGUCUUUGUCUUUGGAAGGUGGCUUUGAUCCUACAGGAGUUUCUCAUCUCUUUGAAGAACCCACCUCAGAUUCAGGACCGUCUUUCAAUUCAAGUCACAGCACCACUACCUCUUACUCAGUGUGCAGUGAAGGUGCUGUUGGGUACAACAGUGAUGUUGAAUCUGUGCUGGCACAUGGCUGAGGAGCUGUUGUUGACAAAGAACACACAACUACAUGUGUGCAUGAGGAAUAUCCAGGUGAUUCAGAAUGUUCUAGAGAAGCCAUGAUUCAUCAGUUUCUUUAUAACUGUGCUUAUAAUCAACUGCCAAAUCAAGCAGCAUGCACUCCAGAGCAUCAUCAACAGACUUGGAUGAAAAACAAAGAACAGGGUGGGUGCCAUAAUUGUACAGAUACAAACCUUAGCAGUGAUGAACACUAUGCAAAAACCCCAAGAAUACCAUCUUCAGUUGAUGAAAUUGGGAGCAUGCCUGUUGACUCUUUCAACACCAUGCUAGGAAAGAGCCAUCUGACAGCUACUCAGGUAGCUCUUCUAUGUGACAUCAGACAAAGACAAAAUAACGCUGCAAAAAAAUGUCGUAAAUGCAGACUGAGUGCAGUUCUGGAAGAAGUGUGUAAUCUUCAAACACAAAAGGAGAGUCUAAAAAAGGAGUACUCGUGUGGCAUGUCAAUCAACCAGAUACAGCAAAAGUUAAAUAACCUGUACAGUGACAUUCUCAGUAGAUUGAGGGAUGGCCAAGGUAGACCUGUUGACCCUUGUCAAUAUGUCAUUCAUUGCAAUGACAAUGGUAGUAUUUUCAUAAUACCCAAAGACUUGGUCAAAUCAGAACAGAAACAAGACAAUGAAAAAGAGCAGAAACAAAAGUGACUGAAGAUCACUUAGGUUUUAUUUCUCCUGAAGAAUGAUAAAGGUAUUUAUACGAAGACUGGAGGUCAAUGACUGCAGUAGUACAGAUGACAUUUGAGAGGGAAGGCUAUGUUCCAGGGUCUGGCAAGCCUAUGCAACUGUGAUGUUAGACAGGCUACCAGCUGAGGCUUCUGAAGGUAAGAAAUGUGUUUAGUUUUAAUUAAAGGGACUAGGCCAUCAGUGUAAGUGUAGUUAAUAUAGACCUAUGUAAAACUAGGAACCGAGUUUCUGGUAACGAGGGAGUCGGGACAUCAGCAUGAGAAAAAACACCAGAUUAGAGGUGGAAGAAAAAUGUGCUUUGAGUACUUGAUUCAUCAUACACAACGUAACUUUAUCUUAAUUCUUUUUCAGCACUGCAGGAAAAAUUGUAGCUCAAGUUCAGCUUAAAGUCACUGUGUAUUUACAUAUUCCUAAGAGAUACUGUGUGCUUUGCAUUUGUUCAGAACCGUUCUCCUUUUCCUAGUCUUGAGAAGCCCAGGAGGCUAUUGCAUUUUUCCAUUACUUUCAACUUCAUAGCUCCAAGUGCACAUAACGUACCACCUACUUUUACUACUCUUGUGGUCCAUCUGCAACUAGGUCCUGAGAAAUUAGGUUUCAAUAUUAUCUUACCUUAGGGAUUUUUUUUUUUAAAUUGUCCCAAAUCUUUAAAUUAAAUUGAAUCAAAUGACUCUUUGUAUGUACUUGUGAUAAUGAGGUUACAUUGUGAUAAUGGCUUUGAAUGAAGAAAAGAGCUUUUAGUUUCACAUUUGUGCUGCGAAACAGAAGACCUUUUAUUCACUCACAUGCUUAUACACAGCAGCUUAUCCUUCUCCGUUUUACAACCUGAAAAGGGUCUGCAAAAAAGACUGCCUGAAUAAUAAGGAAGGAAUAUUAAGAGGUAUGCUAGUUUGUAAGAUAUUAAAGUAACUACAAAUAUCAACCGAAGAGCAACAAAUACUUUAUGUAUUUUUUACAAACAAAACACAUAAAACACCACAAAACUCAUUGGUCAUGGCAUGACAUUGUAGCAACUUCAUGGUCAGGUAUGUAAAAAAAAUCAUUUGCAAUACACAAAAAACUACACAUACACACAAUGCAAGUUUAAAUGCUAAAUUACACCUCUUGAUGAUAAACUGUGCCACUGGUGGAUAAAUCAUGAUUGUUUGCACUUGUGUUUACAGUAACUGGUAAUUUCUAAGAAGAGGGCAGUACCUCAGAUGCACUGAAUUACCAAUAACAAAAUCAGCCAGUUUGAACAAUUUGCUCUGCAUUUUAUAUU